CCUGUAUAUUCACCAUACCUCAUUUAACUUCCACAUACCGAUCGAUUGUUUGCCGUUUUGCUCGUUGUCCACCCAUUUUGCCAGUUUUCUCCACAUUGCUAAUUCAACGAAUUGUUAAUGAAUGAUGGUAUUCUUCUGUAAAAAUAUAUUGAAUCUGAAACUGCAUUCUGAUAUAAGAGUAGUUUUAUCUAGGUAUAUACAGACUGUUGUUAUAUCUCAUUCUACUUGUAAGAACACUAUGUCUAUCACAAAAAUUGUUGCACGUUCAAUCUUCGAUUCCAGGGGUAAUCCCACUGUUGAAGUUGAUUUAUUUACCCAAGAUAAACAAAUUUACCGUGCAGCUGUACCUUCCGGUGCUAGCACUGGUAUCUAUGAAGCUUUGGAACUUCGUGAUAAUGAUAAGAGCAACUACCUUGGAAAAGGCGUAAAAACUGCCGUAAACAAUAUUAAUGAUAUUAUUGCACCAGCUCUUAUUAAAUCGGGAAUUGAAGUUACUGAACAAAAAGCUAUUGAUGACUUUAUGAUUAAAUUGGACGGAACAGCCAACAAAGCUAAACUUGGUGCUAAUGCUAUAUUGGGUGUUUCAUUAGCUGUAGCUAAAGCAGGCGCUGCUAAAAAAGGUGUACCACUUUAUAGACACUUGGCUGAUUUAGCUGGAAAUAAAAACAUCAUUUUACCCGUUCCAGCCUUUAAUGUUAUUAAUGGUGGCUCUCAUGCAGGCAACAAACUGGCCAUGCAGGAAUUUAUGAUUCUUCCCACAGGUGCGAGUUCUUUCACCGAAGCAAUGAAAAUUGGUGCAGAAGUAUACCACAACCUCAAAAAUGUCAUUAAGGCAAAAUUCGGCUUGGACGCUACCGCUGUUGGUGAUGAAGGAGGUUUUGCUCCUAAUAUUCUUGAAAACAAAGAAGGUUUGCGUUUAAUUGAAACUGCAAUUGAGAAAGCUGGAUACAAAGGAAAAGUUGAAAUCGGUAUGGAUGUUGCCGCAUCUGAAUUUUAUGUUGAUGGAAAAUAUGAUUUGGACUUUAAAAACAAAUCUGAAACUAAGGAUAAGAGUCAAAUAAUCUCUACUGAAGAAUUGACUAACUUAUAUAAAGAAUUCAUUAAUGAAUUCCCAAUUACAUCUAUUGAAGAUCCGUUUGACCAAGAUCAUUGGGACGCUUGGUCUGGGUUAACUGGUUCUACUAAAAUUCAGAUUGUCGGUGAUGAUUUAACUGUUACCAACCCAUUACGCAUAGCUGAGGCUGUUGAGAAAAAAGCUUGCAACUGCUUAUUAUUAAAAGUAAACCAAAUUGGUACAGUAACAGAAUCUAUUGAUGCUCAUUUGCUGGCCAAGAAAAAUGGAUGGGGAACAAUGGUGUCUCAUCGUUCAGGCGAGACCGAAGACACCUUUAUUGCUGAUCUUGUUGUUGGAUUGAGCACUGGACAAAUUAAAACUGGAGCUCCUUGUCGUUCUGAACGUCUAGCCAAGUACAACCAAAUACUACGCAUUGAAGAAGAACUUGGUAGCAGUGCCGUUUACGCUGGCAAGAAUUUCCGUAGUCCACAGUAAAGUUCUCCUCCGUUUCGAUAAUAUUUAUGUUAAUAUUUUAUAAUAUUAGAGAAUAUUAAUAUAAUUACGUAGUGGGAGGGAAUUACUGCAUUGUAUGAGAUGAUAAAAAAUAAUAUUCUUUAGUUAUUGAAUUACAUUGUAAUACAUUGGUAUACUUCAGAGAAGAUAAUUACGUACAAUACAAUUAAUGCAGCAUUGCGUUACCUAAUUUGAAAUUUAAUUUUUAGCGUUUUUGUUUUAUAAUUUAUAUUGUUAAUGUAAAAUUUUAGCAAAAAAGAAACUUAUGAUUUUAUGUGUAUUUGUUUAUUUUUUAAAUUAAAUAUUCUACUUUAUCAGAAUUAAAA